GCGCUGCGCCUGCGCAGUGGCGCAAGCGAUCAGCUGAUUGCUCCUGCGCACACGUGACUCCCUCCGUGGGCGCCGGUGUUCAGCAAUCCGUGAGGCCGGAGCCCAGGCCCGGAGCGAUGGAGCGCUGAGCCGUUAACGUCUGUCGGGCCGUCUGUGUUUCUUGUCUGACGCCUGCUGGGUCUUUGGGGAUGGUGGGAAAUGCCAUUCUGAGUAUAGACAGGAACCUGGCAGGACCCUUGGAGGCAGAAGCUGGGGUAGCGUGGUUUGCCUGAUUCCGGCAUAACUUCUGUGACUUCCACCAGAAUCACAUCUGGAGAGAAGGUUCUCUGGCAGUCAGCGAGUCUCGAAUUGUGCUGAAGACUGAGCCCCAGCGUUGUGCCGAGACUGUGGGAUCUUUGUCCUGUCGGUGGACCUUCCAGAGGCUGGAUAGAAGAAACAGUAGUGGGCUCUGACGAAAGGCUGGUGACUAGUAGCUCCCAUCCUGAUUUCCGAAGAAGCCACACGUGGUGACGAGCAUGACUGAGUUCUGGCUCAUCUCGGCUCCUGGGGAGAAGACCUGUCAGCAGACAUGGGAGAAGCUGCACGCGGCCACCACCAAGAACAACAAUCUCGCUGCCACUUCCAAGUUCAACAUCCCUGACUUGAAGGUUGGCACGCUGGAUGUCCUGGUUGGCUUGUCGGACGAGCUGGCUAAACUGGAUGCGUUCGUGGAAGGGGUGGUUAAGAAGGUGGCUCAGUACAUGGCUGAUGUCUUGGAGGACAGCAGAGACAAAGUGCAGGAGAAUCUGCUGGCCAAUGGAGUUGACUUGGUUACUUACAUAACGAGGUUCCAGUGGGAUAUGGCCAAGUAUCCGAUCAAGCAGUCCCUGAAAAAUAUUUCUGAAAUAAUUGCCAAGGGAGUAACACAGAUUGAUAAUGACCUGAAGUCCCGCGCCUCCGCAUACAACAACCUGAAGGGGAAUCUUCAGAACCUGGAGCGAAAGAACGCAGGAAGUUUGCUCACCCGAAGUCUGGCGGAGAUCGUGAAGAAGGACGACUUUGUUCUGGACUCGGAAUACCUUGUCACCUUACUGGUGGUCGUUCCCAAGUUGAACCACAACGACUGGAUCAAGCAGUACGAGACGCUGGCCGAGAUGGUGGUCCCCAGGUCGAGCAAUGUUCUCUCGGAGGACCAAGACAGCUACCUCUGCAAUGUCACCCUGUUCCGGAAGGCCGUCGACGACUUCCGGCUCAAAGCCAGGGAGAACAAAUUCAUUGUUCGCGACUUCCAGUACAACGAGGAGGAGAUGAAGGCAGACAAGGAGGAGAUGACGCGGCUCUCCACCGACAAGAAGAAGCAGUUCGGACCACUUGUGCGUUGGCUGAAAGUGAAUUUCGCCCCGAUGGACAUUCCCGGCCUCAACCUGAGCCAGCAGGAGUACUACCCCUACGUGUACUACAAGAUCGACUGCAACCUGCUGGAGUUCAAGUAAAGCGCGCUGCCCACUGGACAGCCCUGUCGUGUGCGGGUGUGUGCCGGGCUGCAUACCGUGUACUUUCAACUCUUGCUUGCUCCUCCCCCUCCCUGGGCGAGUUCUUCCAUAGUGCUCCGUGUCUCAGUGUUUUCUUUUUAAGGGAAAAUAUAUAUAUAUUGUUUCUUUUUAUUGAUCAGGUCUGUAAAUGUGCACUAAAACAAUCAGAGUUUAUUUAUGAACAGAGUAGUUUAUUUAAAGAGCAGGUCUUGUUCUCUUGGUACUGUGGUAUGCGCUCAUUCCUGUGGUCACCGCGGCGCCCUCGGCCCCUGGACGCGGGCGGGCGCACGCUCACACCGCCCGCUCCCUGGAGGCGGGACGUAACCUUCAGUAGUUCCGGACGUGCUCCAGAGGUGUGCCGCCCCUGGGCCUGUGCUUGUGAACGCUCCGCUGUGCGCUGUGAGCACAGUCCGCGCCCACAGGAGAGAAUGAACCGGCGCCGCAGAGCCGUGUGGUGCGUGUGACUCGGAGGUGACGGCUCCGGGGCGAGCAGUGCGAGCGCGUCACAGCCGGCACGCCGCGCUGCUUCUGGAUUGGCACAGCCUUCGCUGAGACGUCCGCGUCUGACUCGCGUGUGAUGUCAUUGUGCCAAAUGCGGGUCGCCGCGGAGGCGAAGAUUACUUUCCAGUGUCCGGGGUGUGUACAGCAGUGGUUCUCCCCAGGGAGGAAGCCCGAGGGCCGACUUCGAAUAAAGUUGCUAGGAAAAUAUCCAUGGCUGCUAACCUCGAAUAAAGUUAGCGACACUGUGCAGCGCA